AUGAGCUCAAACUCUGAUUAUCAAUUCCUUUUCAAAGUAUUAUUAAUUGGAAAUUCUGGUGUGGGCAAGUCGUGUAUGCUUAUGAGAUAUUCUGAAAAUCAAUUCACCAACAAUUUCUACAACACCAUUGGAGUGGAUUUUAAAACUAAAACUGUUGCCAUCGGUGAAAACAAUGUUAAAUUGCAGAUUUGGGACACUGCAGGCUAAGACAGAUUCAGAACAAUAACUUGCAGCUAUUACAGAGGUGCCCAAGGUAUUAUUAUCGUUUAUGAUAUUACUGACAGAGAGUCCUUUGAAAAUGUGAAAACUUGGAUAGCUGAAAUUGAUAAGUAUGCAUCAGAAUCAGUGAACAGAAUGUUAGUUGGAAAUAAAGCAGAUAUUACAGAGAGAAGAGAAGUUUCAUAUGAGGAAGGAUUAGAAUUAUCCAGAUAAUAUUAAUUUCCUUUCUAUGAAACUAGUGCCAAAUCAUCAAUCAAUAUUGAAGCAGCUUUUACUCACAUUACAAAAAAUAUUUUAAACCGAGAAAUUCAUAACUCCAAGGCUGUAGUAAGAAAAACUUCAAAUAUGAGAUUGUAAACUAGAUAAUAGCAAUAAUAAUAAGAAAAAAAGAAGCAGGAAGAUUUAUGUUGUUGA